AUGCCUUACACGCCGCCUACCCAUUGCUCGCCCCCGACCUCAGCUCAAAUCUCACCAGAAGCCAGUCGGCGAUCUUCAUUCAACCAGAGCACGACAGCUCAAUCAAGACCGGCGUUGCCACGAUCCUCCUCCUACCUGACUAGACAUCGCCGCUCCAUCUCUGCCUCCGCAACUCCAAUAUCAGCUCUCAACCAUGGAUCGACUCCGGAUAUAACUCCCCCUGGUACAUCGGAUAACUUGAAAGAGAUGGUAGCUAAUCAUUCGUCCAAUGUCCGCCAGUCACCUCCCCCUGUUACCGAUGCUAAGGUUAUGCCGCCUGGUGCGAUCAUAUCACCACCAGAAUCCUCUAGUGAAGAUGAGGGGGUACCAGACUUGGAGGUAGAGUCGAAGGAGAGGGAGAGAGAAAUUGAGAGUAUCAAAGAGCUAAAGGAAGCAAUCAGCGCCAUACCACAGUGCCGGGUUGGGUCACCAGUUCUGUGCCCUCCUAGUUACCCGUUGUUUCCAUCCCAAAUUGAUCAGGUUAUCGAGACACCGCCGAAGCCUGACGUUGACACAAUCGCGCUCACACCCAGACGUGCAAAAUCCCAUUCAAGAUCCAAUACUGAUACAGAUCUUUAUCUCUCUAAAAUGACUGAUGUGACGUCAAGUGGGUCGGAAGAGAACUCCGAGGAGGAUUUGGCUCUGAAGCCCCCAAUGGUGCGGAAAAAGUCUGGCGAACUGGUACGGCCUGCACUAAGGCCGGCGCAUUUACGGCGUCCUUCAAGCAUGCCCGGCACUCCUACAUUUUCAAAAGCAGUUCAUUUUGAUUCUCACUUGGAGCAUGUCCGACAUUUCUUGCAGGUUGAUAGACCUCUGGCGGUCAGCACAGACACAUCACCCGCUGAUAAUUACGAUAGUGACACAGAAUAUCCAUUCAAGUCCGGUGAGAAGCGAGUUGUACAGGUACCUUCCUUCGAAUGGGAGAUUGUCAUGCACAACCCCCCUGCUCAAACUCCCAUUCGGAAAGGUCUGCCUGUCAGACUUGAGAGAGUGUGGAUGUCUCCAGACCAAAAGUCUCUGAUUGGCUUUGUUUCUGUAGCCAACUUGGCGUUCCAGAAAACCGUGGUUUGCAGGUUCACAUUUGAUUACUGGAAGACGACGUCAGAAGUUGGUGCAGAAUACCACCACGACAUUCGACCAGGGGAGAAGGAGGCUGGUUACGAUCGGUUUCAGUUCAGCAUCAAGUUGUCUGAUAUAGCUGAUCUCCAAGCCAAGACUCUCUUCUUUUGCGUCCGAUAUAACGUGAAUGGACUCGAGUAUUGGGACAAUAACAACAGUGUCAAUUUCCAAGUCGACUUCCGUAAAAGAUUCCCUACCCAGAAUGGUAGGAAGGGUAGUCAAGGGGUGUCUUCACGACCAUCCUUGCCUCGCAGCAACCGUCGUACAAAUCCUUCAACAAUAACCCGACCUAAAAGCAUGCCUGUCGGUCCAUCUGACGACUUUGGGCUCAGUUCGACGACAGCUGACAAUCGACCGAUACAUGAGUUCCUUGGGGAAUCGGAACCGCCCAGUCUGCGCCUGAAAAGUUCCAAGUCUACGGCCAGUCUACCUAGUGACAAUUUGCCAGGACGCCUAUCGACCCCAAGUGGUGUCGCAUUUGCUAAUCGCUAUGAUUUCGGUGCUUCGCUUAGCGCAGCCAAGCAAGCCCAGAGAAGUCCAAACUCGAGCCCACGGCAAAAUGAUGUUCUCUAUAUGAAGGCACAUCAAAGAAACACAAUCAGUUCACCCACGCCGGCCGACACCUCGCGGCCUCAGAUUAGGGUUUCCCAGCCUACUUCAUUCACAACCCAGCAACAGAAUGGACCAUCGAUAUACUCAGCCCCUUUCACUUCAAGCCCUGGACCGGCCUCUCCGUCGUCUGCCAGUAUCACUUCCGCCUCAUACGAGGAGAUUCUUAAUAAGUAUUGCUUUUUCAAUGGCACCAAGCAGACCAGCCCGCCAAUGAAGGACGGUACUCUGCAAACGGCCCGAUACGAUGGUACUUAUGACUACUCCAUCAACAGCUCAGAAAACAAUCCUUCUCUGUCAGGCAGAAAUGCCAGCAAUGUCGUUUCUAACGGACCUGUCCCUGACCGGGACCAGUUCCACAGUAUCCAACACAUGUCAGAUCGGUCUCCAUUCGUAUCAGAUACCCAUACUGCUAAAGCCAUCAGUUGCUAG